UGCUUUGUGGAGGCGUCCUGGGUCUAUUGGGUGACAAGCUGGGAGGUGUCCUGGAGCAGUGGGGAUGGGACGGGUUGCAAAGAGAGGGGCGUCCCAGGAAUUUGUACAGGUGACAGUGGGGUAGGUGUCCCUGGACUCUGUGUACGUGUGUGUGUGGCGUCACUCGAGGUAUCCUGCAACGGGGAGGGGGCGUGUCCCCUAGUGUUUCCUGGUGCAGCAGAGUCCUAGGCCUUCGGCUUCCGGGGCCAGUGUCGGCCGCGUACAGCCUGCAGGGCCCCGGCUCCGUGGGCUCCUCCGUCCUGCGGCGGCCGCCCCGGACUGUGGUGACGAAGGCCAGCGGGACCGCCUCGCCCCUGCCCUCCAGUCUCCGUGUCGCUCUCGUCUCUGCAGCCGUGGGGACAGGGUCUUGAGCAGCUGCCCUUCUGUUCCUACGCACGUGUCAGUCUACAGACCUUGGAUUUAUUCAAAAGCUUAAAUUAGGGAUUUUUUUUUUAAACCUGGAUUUCCCAAAUAAUUUACUGUAGGAUUCUUUGAGAGAACAAACACACAAGUACAUUUAAAAUGAAUCGGUUUAUGGAAAAUCAGCUUAAUUCAACAGCCGUUGAGUUAAAUUAUCCGCUCUGCUCAAAGCACUGUAUUGUGGGAAAUCUCAGAGAAGAACAAGACCAGGCCCUUGCCCUCCGGGAAGCCCGUGUGGCUGGGAAGAUGGGCCGUGGCUGGAGACACCGGCGGUGACCUUGGAGGGCCCCCGGCAGCGCCCCGCGCCCCGACGGCAUGGACCCGGGCAGGCCGGCCCCCGCCUGUGUUCACCGGGCGCCUUGUGUCCCCCUGGACGGGAGGCGUGACCCCAGCCAGCACCAGAUCCAGAACCAGCUACAGUUUAACAGGAACGUUCCCGCACAUUCCAGCAACCUGGCCGCCCGCUACUCCUGCCCUGAUGCGAUCAGAAUCGAGAAACUGACGCACUCGUACAGUGAGUCGCACCGCCGUGGAGACCUGGGCCUCGGAGCCGGUCCCGACGCGAGCGGCUCGGCCUCCUUCUCGGUCAUCUCGGAGGAGAGGCUCAGCUACGCCGUCCACCUGGCCAGGAGGGACGUGAAGCGCAGGCAGCUGGGAGAGCACGUGAAACAGCAGCGUCUCAGAAGUGAGCCCCAGAGCCCUCAGAGGCGGGGGCGCCCCCAGCACGGGGCGCAGCGGAGGCAGGCCAGGAGCCGGGAAGCGUGUGGCCGCGGCCGCGAGUCGUGCCGGCGGGGCGCCUCCUGCUCGGGGGCCCCGGCGCCCCCGGCCACAGCCCACCCGGGAUGGCCCCGCGCGGCCGCGCCGCCCUCGCCGCCCACCGCGGAGCCCGGGCCCCCGCUGCAGGCCGGGUCGGGCGGCCGGCUCGGCCUGCCGGGGGUGCGGCGGCUCCAGGAGGAGCUGGCCGCCUGCAUCCGCAAAAUGGAAGAGGUGACUCGGAAAGAUGGACGGGACGAAGCCGUGGAGCCGGCCGAGGAGCAGCGGGCCCGCGUCAGGAGGCGGGAGCUCGGCGUGCGCUGCGCCCGGAUGCUCUACUCUCUGCAGCAGCAGGUGAAAGAAAUCCAGGAAGAAUUGGAUAAACUGAGUCCACAUAAAAUUAAACACACCGAGAAGUCGUGGGCGACGUCGCGGCUGGCGGCCGCCCACCGAGGCGCCGUGCGGGCCCUGCAGGUGUUUGUGAGCCAGCUCGCCGACCGCGGGGAGCAGCCCCUUCCUGCGCGGUGCAGGGAGCUGGGCGGCCUCCUUCGCCAGCUCUCCCUCUGCUCUGCCAAGCUGGACGCCGACCCCUCCGUGUCCGAGGCGGCCGUAGACACCCUGCGGCAGAUCGAGGCUUUGGAAUUCCUCCUGGAAAAGAAACUGUCACCAAGAAAGGCGAAGAAAUGCUUCUCGGAAGUUCGGAGCAGGCUUCCUGUUGGUGGCCACAGGGCCUUAGAGAGAUGGCAGAGUCCUUCGCCAAAGAGUGAGAGGAGACCCUUCGUAGCAAAGGAGGUAUUUCCACAGGAAACCAGACUACCUUCCGAGGCAAACAAGCUUCUUGCUGAUAAGUGCCAGCCUGGCGCAGCGCCUGCAGCGACCCAGAGGUCCGGGAACGGGCUCGGUGUGAGGGACGCAGACAUCCUUCCGGAGGGAGCCCCGCCGGCUCCAGACCACAGCGCCAGCGUCCCCGCAGAGCCCGGGGCCGUGGCCGUGGCGAGAGCGGGAGCGGCGGCCGGGAGGCCUGGGGCUGGGAGCGCGGUGCCCAGGAAGAAGGAGGCGCCGGCGGGGCUGCAGCAGGGACCCCACAGAGCUGAGAAGGGCCGGCCGCCCCCACCCCGGGGCAGAAGCCGCGUGCAGCGCCCGACCGUGUCGUCCAGACUGAAGAGGAGCCAGCAGCCCAUGAAGGCCCCCUGGCAGCCUCCACACCCCACGUCCCCGCCCACGUCCCCCAAGUGUGCCGCCUGGCCGACGGGGAGGCCCAGGGACGCCACCAAAGAGAAGUGUGUCCGGCGGGAAGAGGCUCCGGAGGACGGGCUGCUGGGAGGCGCCGUCGCGCGCGAGGCAGCGAGACUCGCUUGGCUUGACGCCGAAGCUCACAAAACACUGAAGGAGCUGGAAGAACUGAGAGCUGCGGGCGCGGACAGCGCGCACAGGCAGAGUGACUGUGCCGCCCAGUUAGCAGACAAGGUAGAGAAAGCAGUUCUGGGGCGUCUGAAGCCUCUCCUGGUCAAGGCCCAGAGAGUCAACUCCUCUCUGGAAGCGGAUAUGCCGAGGGACCGGCCGCCAGCACACCCGGCGACAGCGCCGCCUGCACACGAGGAAGGCGCCGCGGCGCGCCGCGCGGCCCCGGAGUCGGAGGCCCCGGAGUCGGAGGCCGCGGCCCCUGCGGCGGGCGGCAGGGACAGCGCGUGUCUGGAGGCCAUGAUGCUGCGCAUGGAGGAGAUGGAGAAAUACCAGGAGACCGUUCGCCAAAGAUACAAUGAAAUUGUAUACGCGGAUCCUCGUGUUUGGACGCAGGAAGGCAGAGCUGAGCAGGUGCUCCCGGCAGUCGGUGAGAGGCCCCUCUCUCCCCAUCCGAUCAGGAUCGCCAAGAGCCCCACUCCCAACGUCCCGAGGGUGAGCGUCGUGCUGGGAAGACCCCGCAGCGGCAACUCCCUGGAUGCAAGUGUGGAUGCCAGCGAGGAGUCUGAGAAGAGGGAGGCUCCCCGUCCGCCCCUUCCAGAAGAACCUCUGCGGCGGGAAGGCCGCACGGCCCUCUUGGUGCCCCCGGGCUGCUGGCGCAGCAUUCACGACUAUUGCAGCCGCUUCGAGCAGCAUCUCCGGGUGAUCGCGCACGAGGCCGUGGGCGCCUUCAACCCCUGGCUGUUGGCCGAGAGCUUCUCGGACGAGCUGGCGGACGAGGCUCUGGGCGCCGUGGCCGCGGAGCUGCAGGACGCGUGCGAGGACCACGCGGAAGCCGUGUUCACGGCGGAGUUCCUGGAGGCCGCCGCGUGAAGGCCGUCUCCCUGGCGGGAGGCCUUGACCUCGGCUGUCGCUCCAGGCGGGGCCGCUGCCCUCGUCGUCAUGGCAGCGGAGCUGGUGGUUGAGGACGGGGGUGUCUGCCGGGGCCCGGGAAUCGUGACCCGCUCCGGACGUGUUGUUUUCCCGCCAGGACACUGGCGGCACGUCCCAUGGGUGGUGGGAGGGCCAGGCUGCCGCCGAGCUCGCGCCCCUCCCGCCCCUCCCGUGUGCCGCGCCCGUCUCGCUCUCAGCCCUCACGGUCCCCGGUGGACGUCCGGACGCACAGAGCUCUGAACGGGCGCGCGGCUCACGUCCUGCCUGCGGCCCGCACGCCCCCCCCCCUCCAGAGCCCCGCAGAGCCCCACAGGGGAAGCCCAUGAGAGCUGGGGGCGCCGGGUGCCCUCGUCCCUCCCCUCCCCUCCCCUCCCCUCCCCUCCCCGUCAGGAUUCAUUCACCGAGAGGAAAGCCUAUGAUUUGUCAGAAACGGGGAAGGCAGGUGCCUACGUUUUCUCAGCCGCCACCUGCUGAGGCCCCGCCCGAGCACAGGAGCCGCAGCGCCCGAGAAUCGCGAGCGCCUUCAUCACCCGCACGGACUUUUCUCCGAGUACACGUGUUUCAGGGGACGCUGUCGGCUGUCCCGUCACCCAGACCUGUGCAAAACUGGGCUUUGUUUCGUGUCUACUCUCUUAAGCAUCACACGGUCUCCGAGGCACAGAUGCUCCCAGGUUGCUGGAAGAUCCGACGGGCGGGGCGUGUGCGCACGUGUGCGUGUGUGUGUGCGCGCGUGGUGGGGCGCCUGCCGUCUGUAGCUGGAGUCCUCGUGUGCUGGUGUCUCUGUGACUCGUAAAAUAAACUCAGGACUUUAAAGUG